GUGAAGCCACCCAUCCUUUAACAAUACGGAGUAUUCAAUACGCUGGGCCUACUCGUUGACGUUCACCUCUCGAACUUUUUCUCUCCUUCGGCCUGUAUAUCGUUGAGAGGCGCUGGUAAACCGGCGAUUCUGUUUGUCCGUCACCUUCUGCCACCUCACACAAUAGAAAAGCCAUGGUUUGUUUAGAUCUGGAUUUUUACAGUUUAUAUUCUUCAUGGGUCUGAAGUGUAUCUGCUCGCACAUAUGUUCUUAAAUCAGGAUUUCAGGUUUUUGGAUAAGUUUACUUAAAAAUCCUCUAAAAGUUCAUCGAUAUGUUUUUUAUUUGACUUUAACCAUUACUUUAGUCUGUAGCUUGACAUGCAUUUUUUGUUUUUUAGCUUCUUAAAUACUUCGUAUGUUAUUAUUUCAAAACUAAGUUUGCAUAUCAAGAUUUAGAUCUCUAAAGUCAAUAAGUCAUAAAUGGUUUUUUGUAGUGCUAAUAAAUUUUUUUAUUACUGUAUUCUCUUAUAAAUUAUUAGAAAUUAAAACUUAAUUUUCCCAUGCACUGUUCAGAAGCUAACCAAAUUGAAUUUGUAUAUAUGUAUUGCAUUCAGUGUUAAAAUGUAGUUUUUCAUCAUAAGAUUACUCAUCUAAUGAGUACAAACUCAAUUUCAAAGAAAUGGUUUACCUUCCUAUUCGAUCAUGUGUAUCACCAUGCCUUGUUUUCUCUAUUUUUAUCAUGUCAUCAUGCUCUUUUUUUCUAUCCAUUUUAUUUAAAAAACCUUUUAUGUUCAAUCCUUGUGUAGUUAGCAAUAUUGAAAAUAAUAUUGUAGACAAAAGCAUAAAAAUUUAUCACAAAGAGGAAGAACAAAAAAUAAUGUAUAGAAGAGGAAGAAUUUUCCAACCUUGAAGCUCGAGGAAGGUAACUUACUAAAUUUCAAUUGUUCUCCUUUUGAAUUUGAAAAUUUAAUUCAAAAGAUUACAAUUUAUUUAUAGUGUGUAUUCUGUAAUAGGUACAACACAUUUAUCGCUGCCCAUUACACUGUUUAUAUGGACGACUGUAGGUGUAAUAAAUGCUGAUUGGACUUCUAGCGGCUCCAUAAAAUAUUUGGUGUAGAUUUUGUUUAUAAAGUUUCUGACCUAUAAGCUACCCUAAAUAUGCCUAAUUAAACAGCCAGCCCAAUAAAGGCAGCCCACUCGACCCAAUAAAUACCAUUGAAAUUAGGCACAACUCAAGUAAUGCAUUAAAUAGCAUCCAACUUUAAAUAUUUCGAAAAUCUAUUUUUUUGAUUUGGAAAAGACAAAGUGAUUGAUUAUCUUUGAAUUGACAUGUUAAAAAAGUUAGUUUAAGUUACCAAUGAAAGUAAUAAUUUAUGUGGUGUAAAGCAUGCAUACUCUUCCCUAAGAUAUGUAGUAUUUCAACAAUAAUGUGUCGACGCGUUCAUUGUUCUAGAUAAUUUUGUGCAUGACCAAACCCUAAAAAAAUCAGUAAUAUUAAGAGUUUAUGACUUUGUGGAUAGUAUAUAACAAAUUAAAAGGAAUUGAUGAGUCCAUCAUCUUUUCACAUCUCAAUACUAAAGAUUUAAUAGAAUUUUUAAUUUUAUGAUUUACCAAGUCUCACAACGUCAAACAUACUUAUAUUAGUUUUCAUUACUUUAUAAAAUAAUCCCUUGCCACAAUUGUGAUAACCCACACACUGUAUAGCUUGAUAUUAACAAAUUAUAAAUCAAUUUUAAGAUCAUUUUUAAUGUCUAAGUAUGUGAUUUGACUUGAGAGGUCUCACCAUAUAUUCAAGGGCUUGUCCUCCUUAUUUAUCAAGCUCUCUCCAAUUUUAUAGUUAAAUUAUUAUACUCAAAUCUAUUUUAUGUCUUUUUGUUAUUUCUAUUUUAUUUUAGGAUUUACAAAUCUUUCAAGACCAAAAUACGAAUUCACACUGUCAUUGGUAUACUAUUACACUCACCACAUUGUUACAUUGUAACUAUCACAUUAUCAAUGCCACACUGCCAUCCGUCGCUGACGGCCACCGGAGCGCCCUUGGUGAUCGCCGGCGAUUGACGGAUGACAUUGACAUAUUACACUAUCAUCAUUUUUCUAUCACACUGCAAAUGUGUAUUCUAACACCACAAUGCCACCUAUUUUGGUAUUUUUAAACUUUUUUACUCAUAUUCAUGGACUACAUUACUCCCUCCCUCUCGCAAAACGAAUUAAAAUUUUAAGUUUUUUCAACUCUUUUAUUUAAAGAUUUGUAUAUAAAUAAAAAAAUACUCCCUCUGUCCCAAAAAGAUUUACACAUUUCAAAAAAAAUUGCAUCCCACAAUUUCCUACCCAUUUCUAUUAAAAACCACUUUUACCUCUUACUUUUUCAAAGCAUACCUAUCACAUCAUACCUUUUUCCUAAUAAUAUACACAUCACAUCUUACUUUUACCCAUCAUAUCAAGAUAUUUUUGGAAAGUCAACACAAAAUUAAUUCUCCCUUAAUUUCAACUUUAGUCAAAAUGUGUAAAUCUUUUUGGGACAGAGGUAGUAAAACUUAUGUACUUAAAAAGUAUAUUAAAAAUUCUACAAAAAGAGAGAUGAAGAAUAUUUUUAUUUUAUGAAAUAGUCAAUGAUAUCAUACAAAUAAACAAAAAUUCUCAUAAUUUUGAAUAGUGAAUAUGUAAAGAAUUUAGAAUUUACAGAGACAGGAGUCAGGGAGUAUAUCUAAUCAGGCACCCACGCACAUCGUGCGUCUCGAAGCUAGUAUAUCUAAUCAGGCACCCACGCACAUCGCCGCCGCCGUGAAUUUCGAUUUACAGGGAAAGGUUUCCGAUCUAAACCUUGGGAAAGGUUUUCUGCCAUCGAUUAUGGCCGCCAAUUAUCAGAUAGUGCAAGGUUACUUCAAUCGCAGCGGCAUUUUCAGAAAGGGGUUUACAAAAAUCAGCGAGGGGUUACCUUCCAACCGAGUUCAUCCAGAGGUCAAAACAGAUUGGGCAUCCCCGAUGAAGCCUACUUUCUUCGGAGGAUUAAAAAACCUCAAUCUAGAGGUUACAAUCCAGAGAAAGCUGGGAAACUCCUUCCAUAUUCAGGUCCAUUCUCCUUAUCUAAUGGCAAGCUCUCCAUCCAUAUUGAAAGUAAAAGGUAUGAUUUCCACCACUCUGGUUCGUUUCAUAUAUCAGAGAUGAAGAAAGGUUAUUUUCGUACCAUUUCUGUUUCCACCACUUUGGCUCUUUGGGUGCUUGAUUCUCUGGAACAUCACGUUAUGACUGCAGCUAAUUGGACACUCUUUCGAUUUGAAGGGGAAAACUCAGUGAAUAUUAAUUGGGGAUCAAAAAUAUCAGAUCCAUUGUUAUUCGAUCGAUUCUCCACUGUAUAAAAGCGCUAGAGAAAACACGACUCUCCAUUUGGAAUCUCCAGGCACAAUUUCUUCACAUUAGCAGUGAUUUUUUGUGGAGAAAUUCAAAAUGCACCUUGGUUUCUAUGUUCGAAUAAGCCCAAGCUGGCGAAAAAUCUAUGAUGCUGAAAAGUUGUUCUUGAGAUAGGGGUUCAGUAAAUCGGAGCCCAGUAUACAGGAAUUACUAUGCUCAGUCUCUAUAGAUGCCCAUGAAAACUGAUUGCUGGAACACAUUGCAGCUCCUCGACAUCUCCAAGUUCUUUAGAAACCCAUCGGGAGAAGGUGUCCACUUUAAUUAAUCCUUCUUUUACACCAGAACCAUUCAAUAGUGGAUGUUUCUUUAUAAAAUACUCUUCAUUCCCAAAUAUUUGCACAUUAUUAUCAGAACUGGAAUUGUAUUGACUACUCAACGAUAAUAGUAGCUCUGAUGUUUCAU